AGCUUUCCCCUUUACGCGGGUCAUGUUACUUUUAAAAAUAUUGUUGAAACACGUGAAAAUCAACAGCUACAUUCAAAAAAUUAAAAUUUAAUUAAUUAAAUAGUGAAAAUGCAGCACGACGAUGUUGUUUGGUCGAUUAUCAACCAAAGCUUUUGUUCUCAUAAAACACCUUCUGCAAGCAAGACACAGAAUUUCUGCCGAAAUGAAUUCAAUUUAACUGGUUUAUGCUCAAGAGCAUCAUGUCCACUUGCUAACAGUCAGUAUGCAACAAUUAGAGAAGAAAAUGGAAUCAUUUAUUUGUAUAUGAAAACAGCUGAAAGAUUUGCAUUCCCAAAUAAACUAUGGGAAAAAGUAAAGUUGAGCAGGAAUUUUGACAAGGCAGUUCAUCAAAUAAAUGAGAACUUGCUUUAUUGGAAUCGAUUCAUACGUCUGAAAUGUAAACAGCGUUUCCUUAAAAUCACACAAUACUUAAUUCGUAUGAGAAAGCUCAAAUUACGCCGUCAAAAACUUCUCGUACCUUUAUCAUCAAAAAUUGAAAGACGUGAAAAACGACGUGAACAUAAGGCAUUGAUUGCUGCAAGAAUAGAAAAUUCCAUCGAGAAACAAUUAUUAGAACGCUUACAGAAAGGAACUUACGAGGAUAUUUACAAUUUCCAUCAAAAAGCAUUCGAAAAAGCAAUUAAUGCUGAAACAAUCGAAGAUGAAGACCAAGAACAGGAAGACGAGGAUGAAUCUGAUCGUGAAUUGGAAAUUGAGGAUGAAAAUUUAAGAAAUGCUUUAGAAAGAGACCUGGAAACGUUUGUAGAAGCUGAUAGUGAUGAUGCGAAUGAAUCUGACGAUGAAAGUAUGGCAGGCGAUAAGGAAGAAGUAGAAGUGGAUAGUGAUUUUGAGUCUUCUGACGAUGAGGAUAUUGAGGAAGCACCAUCUAAGUUACUUGCCUCAAAAGACAACGAGGAAUCGAGUGGUGGCAAAUUUGUUCGAGCGCCGAAGAAAGCAACAAAGAAGAAACCGAAAAAGGCACAAGUUAAGGUUGAAUAUGAAAUUGAAACUGAAGAACCAACACGACAGCGUGUUAAACAUUAAUGAAUUGUUAUUAUUUACUGAAAUUUAUCCAAAUAAAAACAAUAAAAAAAUGGAAAUGCGAUUUAUGAAAAUGGAAAAUGAGAGUCAUAAAUUGAAAUGACAAGGUUGUGGUAAUGAAUAAGAGCGAAUGAACAAAAAAAAAAUAUUUAAAAGGUAUGGUGAAAAACAAGAAAUGGCAAUAAAUCAUAAUUGCCUUAAUUUAAGGCUUUUUUGCCUAUGUCACAU